CCGGGUCAGGCGCAAAACGCGAUGGGUAGAUUAGGGGUGCUGACCCCAACCCUGCGUUCUCCUUGUUCUCGCAAGCGAGGACUUCUCGAGGGUCUCCAAGCUGGUGUGGAAAGAGUGGCCGGCACCAAGGAGGGGCCCCUAUGCAGCCGUCGCGCGCUCCAGGCCAGGAUCUGUGGACCGGGGGCGCGGCUGCCCCCCCUUCCGCCGCGCCCCGCCCUCCUCGUCAUGCGGGACGCGGGCGGGGGCGCCUCAGAGUGACGCGCCCUCCUCGCGGUGCCCUUCAGCCGCCGCAGCAGCACAGAGCGCCACAUGGACCCCGCCGGCCCCAGAGCGCGUUGCUGCUGAUCGUCCACCCUGGAAGGAAGAGGACUCCGACCACACUUGAAUGUGAAAUCUGACCCCGGAGUGGCUCCUGAGGAACCAAGCCAUCAUCAUGGAGUUCGUGAUGAAACAAGCCCUGGGAGGGGCCACCAAGGACAUGGGGAAGAUGCUUGGGGGUGAUGAGGAGAAGGACCCUGAUGCUGCCAAGAAGGAGGAGGAACGGCAGGAGGCACUGCGGCAGGCAGAGGAGGAGCGCAAGGCAAAGUACGCAAAGAUGGAGGCGGAACGUGAGGUCAUGCGGCAGGGCAUCCGAGACAAGUAUGGCAUCAAGAAGAAGGAGGAGCGUGAGGCUGAGGCCCAGGCAGCCAUGGAAGCCAACUCAGAAGGCAGUCUGACUCGACCGAAGAAGGCCAUCCCACCAGGCUGUGGAGACGAGCCGGAAGAGGAGGACGAAAGCAUCCUGGACACUGUCAUCAAGUACCUGCCUGGGCCACUGCAGGACAUGUUCAAGAAGUAAUGAUCCUGCCUCAGCGCCAGGAGCCCCGCCCACUGUACAGACCCCCUCGGAGCCCCCCCCACAAGGGAUGUUGGGAGCAGAUGCAGCCCCCCCUGCAAAAAUAAGCCAUAGUCCUAGAUCUAUCCCGCCCAUGUCCUCCUCGCGCCUCGGGAGCCUCUGGCCACCCUUCCCCGCACUGCCAUCAUUGACCCCACCAGGCAAGGGUGUGACCCUCAGGCCCCUGUGCUGUGCAUCCUUGCCUUUGGGUGGUUGGACCCCUCCUUACUAAUCUUGAGUUCACCAUUCCCACUGAGCCUGCCCAAGGUCAGGCCCCGAGGGCCAGCCCUGACCACCCCUGGGGUGCCAUCCCUCCGUGGGUGGCCACCAGUCAGGGCCUAAACUCAGGAGCACAGCCAUAGUGGGGUGGGACUUGGGGAAUGAGCCGUGGGUGCCUGGGGCCCCAGCCCUUCCCUGAGCCCAUGGCCCCAGUUUCUGGACUUGUUGGACCUGCUGGACCAUUAGCUCUGUCUUCCUGUCUGUGCGCUAACACCCUAGUCUUCACCGGCGGCCCUCGCACAUUUUGUCCAGCUGUCUCUUUCUCUGUCGCUCUGCAAGGUUUGGCUUCUUAAGAAUGCCACAGCUAGGGGGAACAAAGCAAUAGAUUGGACGUGGGUGGGUCUCAGACAUGCUUUGAGUCCCUCGAUAUCUUCUGCAAUGCACACUUUCCAGAGUCCCAUCUCUCCCUGAUCCCAUCUCUCCCUGGUGGCCUCCUGUUCUCUUCAGGGAGGGCAGGCAGUCUCCUAGGGAACUCCUGGCUUUACCACUACACACCUACCUUCAAAAUGCCCCACUUCCUAAGAGCCCAGGGCUCUGGGAAUCCGUGUGCAGAACAGACAGAGGGCCAGGGGAUCAGGUGUCCCACCCUCUCCACUAUUCCUCCUUUGAAGGGCUGACAGUGGCCCGCAUGUGCAAACUCCUGGGCUCAGGCUGUGGUGUUCUCUUCUGUGUGUGGCCCAAGGGCAAUAUGACCCAGCUACUCCCCUUUGCCCAGCCAGCAGCCUUUGUUCUUCAUAUUCGUUUAAUUUACAUCAUAAUAUGUUGAAUCUCAGGUAAAUGAGGUCUGUAUUUGGUAAGUUCUAUCUUGACAGAAAGGCCAGCCUGGUCUUCCUGACCCUUCCUGUUCACAUUAAAAUUGCAUUAAGUGUCCAUGAGUUUUGGGCCAGGUGUGUGGCUUGGCAUUGACCUUCAUGACCUUACAUAGCUCUUUAGAGAAGCCAUAACAACUAGACUGCAAUACUAAUCAGAAUGCCCUCUGCCCAAAGAGAUGAAGCAUGCUCGGCCCACAAUACCCUGCUCACCUGGGCCACUCUCUGCAUCUCUGGCUGGUUUUCAUGCAUUGAAAAGCCAGCUCUGAGCAGAUGGCCUUCUCUUGAGUUAACCCUGCAUCCUGUUCUCAGCGCAUGGAGCACCAGGCCGCCGCGCUUAGUAUAGCCUAUGUGUUACCUGUCUGUCUGUCCUUGUACCUGCACCUCCUGCAUGUCAGAGGCCUCACAUGUUCUCUCUGAGGGAAUCACAGCCAAUAAACAGUGAUUUCACACCG